UUACUCGGAAAAUUGCUAACUUGCAGUUUGCAGCAUAAUACUAGCACAACUCUGAAACAUCGGAGGGUGAGAAAAAUAUCAACCGAGACGAGCAACUAGCUCUAAUAGAGACGGGUGUACUAGCAAUGCCUGGAGGUGAGACAGUAGAAUCUCAGCGGCACCCAGCACCCGCGGGCGACCCCGUGCCGGGGAACGAUGGUCGGGGCAGAAGUCCUUCCCCAGUUCAACGGCCAGAUAGAGCGGAUGAACCGAGAUUUGGAACAAACUCUAACGUGCCAGGCUUCUGAAAGACCGGACAAGUGGUGUGGCAUAGAUCGCCCACAACACUUAACAACAUUCUGAGCACGGGAUGUCCCAUUUCAGGUAUCAGUUUCGGUAUUCUCCACCACUCUUCCCUGAGCAGAAGGCCCAGGUUGGGGUUUCUCCGGCCGGAAGAUCUCAUCCGACACUACGAGGAGAGAUCGAUUUGUUAGCUUCUACCUGGGAGGCUGAAAUAAACGCUAAAUGCAAGUGAAGACAGCAACCAGGUUUGCAUGCUGGGCAACAGGACUCUUGACUCGGGAUUUGUCUCUGCAAGUGGAGGCCAGGUAGUUGGCGUCCAAGUUUAUUGGACCCUUCAAGCUUCUCAAGUAGGUAAACCCGGAGCCUGACACCUUGCAGCUCCCCAAUGCCCACUUUCCACAUUUCCAAAUUAAAACCUGCCCGCGCCAGCUCUGUAGCUCCAUCACGAUCCGCCCCACCGCCAUGCAGGUUCAUCAAAGGGAACGGGUCUUCAUGGUGAGAGGACUUCUCGACUUGUGCAUUGCUUGGGGAGUUCGGCAGUGGGAAGGAUUCGGAACCGAGGAGAGGUGCCGGUUGCCUGGGAGAGACAGCUCGUAUCCGGCUUUCAUACAUGACUCCAAGCAGCCAGGGGAGGGGGUCCUGUUACCAGACGCUCCCAACCGUACCAGCCUGUGGAUUCAGACAUUCGAACUCUGGGUACUGUUAGCAGUGAUACACAAAAUAUUGGAGAAACUCAGCAGGCCAGGCUGCUUCUUCGGAAAAGACUAUAGUCAACGUUUCAGGCCGAGAUCCUUCGGCGGGUUUAGCGUAAAAAGCUGAGGAGUAGAUUUAAAAGGUGGGAGGGGGGUGUGAGAGGGAGAAAGAUAAGGUGAUAGGUGAAACCUGAAGGAGGAGGGGCGGAGUAAAGAGCUGAGAAGUUGAUUGGAGAAAGAGAUACAGAGCUGGAGAAGGGUGAGUUUGCUAAAAGAGGACAGAGGCCAUGGAAGAAAGAAAAUAUGGCAGGAGCACCAGACAGAGGCGAUGGGCGGCCAAGGGCAUAAGAAAAGAAGAUGGGGGAGAGAUGACUGUGCACUGGUUGCCCACUCUCUCGAAGACUUACAGGAGAUCACCAGUCGCUUUGACAGUGCAGCCAAAAGCUUCAGACUGACAAUUAGCCUGAAAAAGACGUAAGUUUUGUACUAACCGGCUCCUGGCUCAAGCUACGAAGACCCAGCUGUCCUCAUUGAUGACACUCGUCUCAAUGCUGUCAACACGUUUUGCUGCCUGGGCAGCAUAAUAACAUCCUCAGCUUCUCUGGAUGGAGAGAUUGAGACAAGAACCAGAAAAGCCUGCUUUGCCUUUGGUCAGCUGAAAGAUCGAGUUUGGUCACAGAACAUCAGGUUGGCCACCAGUUGCAAGGUGUACAGGGCCGUUGUCAUAUCAGCCUUGCUAUACGGAUGUGAGUCACUUACGUGGUGCCCAUAUCAGAGUCACUUACGCCAGCUUGACCAACUGCAGCAGCAUCACCUACAUUCUCUGAUGAAGAUCACCUGGUGAGACAAGGUCUUCAAUACCGAGGUCAUGUCUCAAGCCGGAAUGCCAGCAGUUUCAACCUUGGUGGUGUCAGCCCAACUGCACUGGGCAGGGACAUGUCAAAAUGCCUGACGGAACGCUGCACAAGGAUGUCUUGUGUGGCCAGCUGUCCACUGGUACCCGAAAACGAGAAGGCCAGCGACUACUGUACAAGGAUGUUCUGCACAGGAGCCUCAAGAAAGCUGACAUUGCACCAUCAACGUGGGAGGACCUGGUUCAAGAUCGCUCACAAUGGAGGGAUGCCAUCAGAAAAGGUGUGGACGCUGCUGAGAACAAGCUCAAAGAGACAACAGAGGAAAGGCACAGGAAGAGCCGUAGCAGAGCUUCUGCUUCUGUUGCCCCUGCAGCCUCACCUGCCAAAUAUGUGGCAAGCAGUGCCUGUCAAGGAUCGGCCUGUACAGCCACUCCAGGAUGCACAUAUCAAUCCCCACUAACAGACUGAAAGGAACCUUCAACAUCCUGUGGGAUGGAUAGCCAGCGAGGGGGAGGGGAGGAAGUAGUUCAAGGAUACUGUCAGACUCCAAGUUCUUGAUUUAAGACUGCUAUUGUGAAUUUCUGCUUGACAUACAGAGUGAAUUGGCCAGCUGUAUCUGGGAUUCUUAAUGCACGUGUCUCUUUUAAAGUUUAAAAUGCUUCAAGCUGUUAUUCAUUAAGAAUCACAGGAUCGCCUGAGCACUUCUUGUGUUUCAGCAGAUUGUUGAGCGGUUGAACAACCAUCAAAGAAUCUGCCACCAGCCUGUCAAUACAUCAUUUAGCAAUCAUUUCAUCCUCUCACUGAAAUGAGCGGAAGUUCCCACUGGCUUCAAAAUGACAAUUAUACCAGUGCCCAAGAAGAAUAAUGAUAUAAUAUAAUAAUAAUAAUAAUAAUAAUAAUGACUAUCACACGGUAGCACUCACAUCGUGAGUGAUGAAAAGCUUGGAGAGGUUGGUAAUGACUGGACUGAACUUCUGCCUCAGAAAGGACCUGGGCCCAUUGCAAUUUGCCUAUCAUAACAAUAGGUCAACGGCAGACGCAAUCUCAAUGGCUCUCCACACGACGUUAGACCACCUGGACAACACAAACACCUAUGUCAGGAUGGUGUUCAUCAAUUAUCGCUCAGCAUUUAAUACCAACUUUCCCACAAUCCUGAUUCAGAAGUACUGAUCCAGGAUGGAUUCCUGUCACAGUAUGUUGACAGGCCGACUGGGGGAAUGCCAUACUAGAUCUAGUAUUAGGUAACAAACCGGGUCAGGUCACAGAUCUGUCAGUGGGUGAGCACCUGGGGGACAGUGAUCACCGCUCCCUGACCUUUAGCGUUAUCAUGGAAAAGGAUAGAAUCAGAGUGGACAGAAAAAUUUUUAAUUGGGGAAGGGCAAAUUAUGAGGCUAGAAGGCUAGAACUUGCGGGUGUGAAUGUUCUUGCAGGGAAAUGUACUAUGGACGUAUGGUCGAUGUUUAAGGAUCUUUUGCAGGGUGUUAGGGAUAAAUUUGUCCCGGUGAAGAAGAUAAAGAACGGUAGGAUGAAGGAACCAUGGGUGACAGGGGAAGUGGAAAAUCUAGUCUGCUGGAAGAAGGCAGCAUACAUGAGGUUUAGGAAACAAAGAUCAGAUGGGUCUAUUGAGGAAUAUAAGGUAGCAAGAAAGGUGCUUAAGAAGGGGCUGAGAAGUGGGCACGAGAAGACCUUGGCGAGUAGGGUAAAGGAAAACCCCAAGGCAUUCUUCAAUUAUGUGAAGAACAAAAGGAUGACUGGAGUGAAGGUAGGACCGAUUAGAGAUAAAAGUGGGAAGAUGUGCCUGGAGGCUGUGGAAGUGACCGAGGUCCUCAAUGAAUACUUCUCUUCGGUAUUCACCAAUGAGAGGGAACUUGAUGAGGGUGAGGACAAUAUGAGUGAAGUUGAUGUUCUGGAGCAUGUUGAUAUUAAGGGAGAGGAGGUGUCGGAGUUGUUAAAAUACAUUAGGACGGGUAAGUCCCCGAGGCCUGACGGACUAUUCCCCAGGCUGCUCCAUGAGGCGAGGGAAGAGAUUGCUGAGCCUCUGGCUAGGAUCUUUGUGUCCUCAUUGUCCACAGGAAUGGUACUGGAGGAUUGGAAGGAGGUGAAUGUUGUCCCCAUGUUCAAAAAAGGUAGCAGGGAUAGUCCAGGUAAUAAUAGACCAGUGAGCCUUACGUCUGUGGUGGGAAAGCUGUUGGAAAAGAUUCUUAGAGAUAGGAUGUAUGGGCAUUUGGAGAAUCAUGGUCUGAUCAGGGACAGUCAGCAUGGCUUUAUGAAGGGCAGAUCGUGCCUAACAAGCCUGAUAAUUAUUUGAGGAGGUGACCAGGCAUAUAGAUGAGGAUAGUGCAGUGGAUGUGAUCUACAUGGAUUUUAGUAAGGCAUAUGACAAGGCCCCACAUGGUAGGCUUAUUCAGAAAGUCAGAAGGCAUGGGAUCCAGGGAAGCUUGAAUUGGCUCAUCUGCAGAAGGCAGAGGGUCAUGGUGGAGGGAGUACAUUCAGAUUGAAGGGUUGUGACUAGUGGUGUCCCACAAGGAUCUGUUCUGGGACCUCUACUUUUCAUGAUUUUUAUUAAUGACCUGGAUGUGGGGAUAGAAGGGUGGGUUGGCAAGUUUGCAGACGACACAAAGGUUGGUGGUGUUGUAGAUAGUGUAGAGGAUCAUCAAAGAUUGCAGAGAGACGUUGAUAGGAUGCAGAAGUGGGCUGAGAAGUGGCAGAUGGAGUUCAACCAGAAUAAGUGUGAGGUGGUACACUUUGGAAGGCCAAACUCCAAGGCAGAGUGCAAAGUAAAUGGCAGGAUACUUGGUUGUGUGGAGGAGCAGAGGGAUCUGUGGGUACAUGUCCACAGAUCCUUGAAAGUUGCCUCACAGUUAGAUAGGGUAGUUAAGAAAGCUUAUGGGGUGUUAGCUUUCAUAAGUCAAGGGAUAGAGUUUAAGAGACGCAAUGUAAUGAUGCAGCUCUAUAAAACUCUAGUUAGGCCACACUUGGAGUACUGUGUCCAGUUCUGGUCACCUCACUAUAGGAAGUGUGUAGAAGCAUUGGAAAAGGGUACAGAGGAGAUUUAUCAGGAUGCUGCCUGGUUUAGAGAGUAUGGAUUAUGAUCAAAGAUUAAGGGAGCUAGGGCUUUACUCAUUGGAGAGAAGGAGGAUGAGAGGAGACAUAAUAGAGGUGUACAAGAUAUUAAGAGGAAUAGACAGAGUGGACAGCCAGCACCUCUUCCCCUGGGCACCACUGCUCAGUACAAGAGGACAUGGUUUUAAGGUAAGGGGAGGGAAAUUCAAGGAAGAUAUUAGAAGAAGGUUUUUUACUCAGAGAGUGGUUGGUUCGUGGAAUGCGCUGCCUGAGUCAGUGGUGGAGGCAGAUACACUAGUGAAGUUUACGAGACUACUAGACAGGUGUAUGAAAGAAUUUAAGGUGGGGAAUUAUGUGUGAGGCAGGGUUUGAGGGUCAGCACCACAUUGUGGGUCGAAAGGCCUAUAAUGUGCUGUACUAUUGUAUGUUCUAUGUUCUAAGUUGCAGAACCUGGGCCUCUAUACCUCACUUUGCAAAUGGAUCCUUGACUUCCUAACCAGAAGACCACAAUCUGUGCGGAUUGGUGGUAAUGUAUCCUCCUUGCUGACAAUCAAUAAGGGCGCAUCUCAGGGGUGUGCAGUUAGCUUACUGCUCUACUCUCUGUAUACUCAUGACUGUGUGCUUAGGCAUAGCUCAAAUACCAUCUAUAAAUUUGCUGACGAUUCAAUUGUUGGUGGAAUCUCAGGCGGUGACGAGAGGGCAUACAGGAGUGAGAUUUGCCAACUAGUGGAAUGGUGCAGCAGCAACAACCUGGCACUCAGCAUCAGUAAGACGUAAGAGCUGAUUGUGGACUCCAAGAAGGGUAAGACGAAGGAACACAUACCAAUCCUCAUAUUGGGAACAGAAGUGGAGAGAGUGAGCAGCUUCAAGUUCCUGGGUGUCAAGAACUCUGAGGAUCUAACCUGGUCCCAACAUAUCGAUGUAGUUAUAAAGAAGGCAAGACAGCAGCUAGACUUUACUAGGAGUUUGAAGAGAUUUAGUAUGUGAACAAGUACCCUCAAAAACUUCUAUAGUUGUACCAUGGAGAGCAUUCUGACAGACUGCAUCACUGUCUGGUAUGGAGGGGUUACUGCACAAGACCGAAAUAAGCUGCAGAAAGUUGUAAAUCUAGUCAGCUCCAUCUGGGGCACUAGCCUAAAAGUACCCAGGAUAUCUUUAGGAAGCUGUGUCACAGAAAGGCAGUGCCCAUUAUUAAGGUCCCCCAGCACCUAGGGCAUACCCUUAUCUCACUGAUACCAUGAGGUAGGAGAUACAGAAGCCAGAAGGGACACACUCAGCGAUUCAGGAGCAGCUU